AGACGAAAAGUUGGACCGUCAGGAGGCCCUCGUUAUCUGAGGAUGCUGCCGUUGACUCUGAGGGCUACAUAUCGGCCAAGGCGACCCCCCUUGGCGGUGGUUCCGUUGCGUUCGUCGACUUUUCUAAGGGCAUCCUCAUCUGCGAUGUUCUUGACGGCCGGGAAAGCCCGGAACUCCACUAUAUCUCUCUGCCAUCAGAAGAACUCUUCCAACCAUUGCCGGAUGCCUACCCGUACAUGCCUCAUGAUUUGACUUUUCACAUUUCCAGCGAGACUAUUCGCAUCAAGUUUGCUAACGUGGUGUGUCCCUUAUCUGGGGAUUGGCGCAUUGAGACGUUCAGUACUACCACAGUGACUGAGAGUCCUUGGGGCCAGGUCAAUCCUUGGGAAAAAGGCUCCACGGUCGAUGCUAGCGAACUGUCAGUUCAUGGCAGCAUCGAGCUUUCAGGACUGCUGGACCAUGGUGACGGCAAGCAGACUCUUGGCUCUCUCUUUGUUGAGAAGCCCGCGUUGAGCUUACACCAAGACAACAUUGUCUGCUUAAUGGCUAAGCAAAAUAUCAUGGAUAGACAAUUGUGGAUGAUUGCUGUCGACAUUGAGAACAAGGAGCUGCAAGGAGUCAUCCAUCUUGGGGUAGGAAGACGCACGGCACUAAUCUACAGCACCAUCUCUGGUCACCUCAACAACGUUGCUGCGACUGCAUCUACUGGUGAGAAGGGAGACCUGAAAAGGCUAGGAGCGUCGCUGGAGUAAGAAAACCUCCCAAGAAACUGUUCAGGGUUGCAUCCUUGGUUGGUGAACAAGAGAAAGGGGUCACGGGAACUGAUGAUGGUGAUGGUAUGGACUUGGAACUCGAGUAACCAAAUAUGGGGACUAGCAUAUCUGCUUAAGUUUAACACUGAUGAAUGUCUCUACAUCGAUCGUCAUCCUGUUUGUCAAAGUUUCAUCAUGUAUCUAU